GGAUUGUAACAUACACAAGCAAACCUUCCAACUAACGACUCACCCCGAUUGAAACACAAAAAAAAUUCAUGUUGUGUGUCAGGUGGUGACUCUAACCCCAAAUCAAGCAAUCGCCCCAGCGGUUUUUGGGUUCCAACAAACCCCCCAAAAUCUCCUGAUCUCUUCAUAUCAACCCCCUAAUCGAUCAAUCAAUCAAUCAAGCUCUAAGCACAGUCGAUUCUCAAUUCGAAACCCCGUUCCAUGUUCGCUCCAUUUGUUUUCACCUCAAUAGAUCUCUAGGUCACCACUGUUUCGGUUUCGAAUUCGAAUUCUUUUCUUUCCAUGGCUGCGUGGCUCAAAGCCGCCGAAGAUUUAUUUGAAGUUGUAGAUCGAAGGGCAAAGCUUGCUGUCGGCGAUAAUCCAGAUGAGCAGAUAAAUUCUCUAUUGCCAGCUUCUAAUGGACAAGGAUCUCAAACAAAGAGGACAAGGUUAAAGGCCAAGGCCAAAGCCAAGGCACAAAAGAGACCCUCCUCAAAUGAAACCGCUAAAACAAUUGAUACCUCAAUUGAGCAAAACAGUUCAGAAACAUUACAAUCAGAUGUGGCGCCUGAUAAAGAUAGGGUUGUUUUCUCAAUUGAAAAUGAUGGAACUAGUCCUAGUAAUUCUAAUGCCCAAAAGAGUAAUGAGGAGCAACACAAUGUUGAGAAAGAUGGCUCCAUAUCAGGCUCUCUUUUAUCUGAAUCAAUCUUGAAUGAAGAGGCGAAACAUGACGCUGUUCAUGAGGAAGCGCCAGCUGCUGUUCCCCAUGUAGAAGCAAAUGCUUUGAUUUCAAAUGACGAGCUUACCAACAAGGAUUCUUCUGAUGUUCAUGAGGGGGUUUCCUCCUCACCAAUCGCUGUCAAAGGUGUUGAGGUCGUCCAUGAAGAUCCUCCAAUUGAUUCUAGUUCAAAUAUAAGGGUUGGAGAUGCAGGUACCCCUACAAAAAUUGAUGAGGAGGUGUCUCAAUCUAUUAGUGUGGAUGCACCUAGUAAAGUUCAUAUGCAACUGAAAGAUGCUGAUCUCAAGGUUGAACCUCAUUCCAAUCAAAAGAAACAACAAGAGCAGAAAGCUGAUUCUUCUCCCAUAAAAGUACAAGACGCACUUGAUGAGGCUCAAGGGCUGCUUAAAACUGCAAUUUCCACUGGUCAAUCAAAAGAGGCAAGGUUAGCUCGGGUUUGUGCUGGACUUCAGUCACGCCUUCAAGAAUACAAAUCUGAAAAUGCACAAUUAGAGGAGCUUCUCACUGCAGAGAGAGAGCUCAGUAAAUCAUAUGAGGUUCGCAUAAAGCAGCUACAGAAAGAUUUGUCUUCAGCCAAAAGUGAAGUGACCAAAGUGGAGUCCAGCAUGGGUGAGGCUUUGGCUGCGAAGAACUCUGAAAUUGAGGCACUUGUCAGUUCUAUGGAUGCGCUUAAGAAGCAGGCUGCUUUAUCAGAAGGAAAUCUAGCAUCACUGCAGGCUAACAUGGAGUCUAUAAUGAGAAAUAGGGAACUGACAGAGACAAGGAUGAUGCAAGCUGUAAGGGAGGAGUUGGCUUCUGUAGAACGGAGAGCAGAAGAAGAGCGUGCUGCACACAAUGCUACAAAGAUGGCUGCUAUGGAAAGGGAAGUAGAAUUGGAGCAUCGAGCUCUUGAGUCAUCCACAGCCCUAGCCAGGAUUCAGAGAACAGCGGAUGAAAGAACAGCUAAGGUGGCAGAACUUGAGCAGAAGGUGGCAUUGUUGGAGGUUGAAUGUGCAUCCUUGAAUCAAGAGCUACAAGAUAUGGAAGCCCGUGCUCGUCGUGGACAAAAGAAGUGUCCUGAAGAUGCGAAUCAAAUGAUUCAGAUGCAGGCAUGGCAGGAAGAAGCGGAGCGAGCUCGGCAAGGUCAGAGAGAUGCUGAGAGCAAGCUUUCUUCUUUAGAGGCUGAAGUGCAAAAAAUGAGAGUCGAAAUGUCUGCCAUGAAGAGAGAUGCAGAGCAUUAUUCACGUCAAGAGCAUAUGGAGCUGGAGAAACGGUACCGUGAACUAACUGAUCUGUUGUAUUACAAGCAAACACAGUUGGAAGCCAUGGCUAGCGAAAAAGCUGCAGCAGAAUUUCAAUUGGAGAAGGAGAUGAAGCGUCUUCAAGAAGCUCAGGUAGAAGCAGAAAGGAGCAGAGUUUCUCGUCGAGCAUCAUCAUCUUGGGAAGAAGACACUGACAUGAAAACACUUGAUAAUUGCAGGCCUCUUCCCUUGUAUCACCGCCAUAUGGUUGGGGCAAGCAUUCAGUUGCAGAAUGCAGCAAAACUUCUAGAUUCUGGGGCUGUCAGGGCCACACGAUUUCUGUGGCGAUAUCCAAUUGCUCGAAUCCUGCUGCUUUUCUAUUUGGUAUUUGUGCAUUUUUUCUUGAUGUAUCUGCUUCAUCGUCUGCAGGAACAAGCUGAUUCUUUUUCCUCUAGAGAAGUUGCUGAAUCCAUGGGACUGGCCAACCAUACUUUACAGUGAAAGGUAACUCUGCAUGAGGCCAUUCGCAGGCAACAUUGCCUGUUUGUGACAACUACAACAUUGUUAGUUCUCUAUGUAGAUACAAGUUUGUUCCUCCACAAACCACGAGUAAUUAAGCAUGGCAAAUUGGGUCAAUCUGUUCAGUAUCAAUGCAGGGAGUCUUUUCUUCCCUGAAUCCACUGCCAGUAGUGGGAAACGCUAUGCAAGUUAUGUGCGAUGCAACUCUUUCUUCAUGCUGACAUAUCUUUAAUUACUAUUUUUUUUUUAUUUUAAUGUUUUUUGGUCAAAAAUGCUUUGUACCCAAGAAAAAAAUAGGCUAGAUACAUUCAAAAAGUAAAGUGUAUGACUGUAGAUUCAAACUUUGGUAGGGGUGUGAACUAAUACCCAAAUGGAUCUCGUCUGCAUAUUUCAAAUUUUGAAUAUUUUUUAAGUAUUUUUUCUGGGUAGGCACUGUCACCAUUUGCUUGACUUUUGAUUGGAAAAAAUUAUGUGGUGUAAGAUAUAAGAAUCUUAAUGUACUAAGUGAAAAGUUCUAA